GCCCAUGACCUUGGCCGGCCUCUGGUGGGCGCGCUGUUUGACUUAUCCAAAGCCUUUAACACGUUGCCACGCACACCUGUCUUUGCCCUGGCACUGAAGCUUGGCUUCCCGCCAGCUCUGGUCCGUGCGUGGAGUGGCGCGGUCACGCGCAUUGCCCGGCGGUUUAAGGUCCGUGGUGCAACAGGCCCUCCCAUCCUUUCCGUGACUGGCUUCCCCGAAGGCUGCGCCAUGUCUUGUGUUGCGAUGGCACUCGUUGACCUGGCCCUCCAUUGGCAUGUUGCGAAAGCUGAUCUUCGGCAUUGCCUUACCUCUUUUGUGGACGAUUGGCAAGUGCGUGAACACUCGCCUGAGCGUGUCCAGUUGGCUGUCCGGAUGGUCAAUGAGUUUGUGCGUGGCUGGGAUCUGACGAUGGAUCCUCGCAAAACCGUCUUUUGGGCGACCCAAGCUGGCCACCGCCGUCAACUCCGUCGCCAGGGAUUACCCGUUGAGUCCUCUGUGCGGAAUGUGGGUGGCCAUGUUAGCUUCAAUCGUCGUUGCACCAAUGCUACGGUACAGAACCGUCUUGAAGCGAUGCAUGAGCUGUGGCCAAGGCUGGCCGCUUCUUGUGCGCCUCGCAACCAGAAGAUCAAGGCCCUCAAGGUCUCGGCCUGGCCGGCGGCUCUUCAUGGUGUCUCGGGGGUGUGCCUGGGCCUUGCACGCUUUGCUGCCCUCCGUUCCUGUGCUAUGCAGGGCCUGCGACUGGACCGCCCCGGCCUGAAUCCGAUGCUCUACCUGGGCAUGGUGGAAUUCCCGCUUGCUGAUCCACACUUCUUUGCGAUUUGGAGCACUUUUCGCGACCUGCGGGCCCAUGCUGUGCGUGACACCUUUGUCCCGCUUUUGGCGUCCCUCUUGGAUCGGAAUGGGUCCCGCGCCCCAGGACCUGCGGGUGUUUUCCUGGAACGG